AUGAGGACUGUGGGGCUGAGCCUGGGGCUGGCCCUGCUCUGCUUGCUGCAUGUGGAGGCUGAGGACCUCAGGGCUGCGGCUGACAAGAGCAAGAUUGCAGGGAAAUGGCACAUCAUUGCUCUGGCCUCUGACUCCGAGAGCUACCUUCGAAAGAAGGACGAGCUGAAGAUGGCAAUGGCCAACAUCACGGUCCUGGGGGACGGCGACCUGAAGGUCUCUUUUGCAAUUCCCACCCUGGAGGGAUGUAAGAAAUCGGUGUCCAUCUACAAGCAAACAGGCGUCCCGGGUGAAUACUACAGCUCUGAAAGAGGCAAUAAAACAGCGCAAGUGGUGGAUACCGAUGGCAAGACAUACGCAGUUAUCUUUGCCUCCAGAGUGAAGGACGGGAAGACCCUGCACAUGCUGAGGCUCUACAGCAGAACCCAGGAGAUGAGCCCCAAAAUCACUGCUCUAUUCAAGAAGCUUGCAAGAGAGAAGAGCUUCACUGACGAGAUGAUCAGGAUGCUGCCCAGCCAGGAGGAAUGCAGCCUCGAUGAAGCAUAG